CAUAAAGGCAGAAACCACUUUUUUAUGUACUACAGCAGUCUUUGGAACUAUCACUUUUUAAGAAAAACAAUUGAAAUCUGAAUGGUUGAAAUCUGGAUUUUGGUAGCCUAUUCAAAAUGUGCGCUACAACGUAUUUUGAGUCAACGAGUCAAUUAACUUACUCUACUGUUUUUAGAAAUAGGUGGUAAACGUUCAAAACAACAUCUAAGCCUUUUAGGAAGAAUAGCCUAGAUAUUAUAAACUGAAAACAGUAGAAUUAUAUAAAAACAAAUUAAAUGAUAAUAUAACAAAUUAUAUACAAAAGAGCCAGUCUUUUAUUGACUGAUGUGAAUUUAGAUUCGUCAUGUAUUGCCGUUUAAUCAAUUAAAACAAAGUUUUACAAAUGUAAAUGUGGGGCAGAGCUUGGCACGGAACACAGACAUCUCUCUCCCUCUCCUUUUCUGGCUCAGUGCGUUUAUAUAAACACAUGAGGUCGUGGGUAGUCUCUCAGAGAUCUGGACUGCCUGCAAAUCGACUCAUAUCCGUCUGGGAAAAGGAGACUCACUCAUCUUCUUCCAGAACAGCAUCAGUUAAACACCUUCGACGAUAUCAAGCCAUGGCUGUUACCGGCUGCUCUCAGUGCAUCAAAUAUAUGCUCUUCUUCUUAAACUUCAUUUUCUGGCUGGCUGGUGGUGUGAUUUUGGGUGUAGCUCUAUGGCUUCGCCAUGACAAUCAAACCAGCAACCUCCUAAUGCUGCAGUUUGAGGGGAAUCAAGCACCAGGAACCUUUCAUAUCAGUGUGUAUGUUCUCAUAGCGAUUGGGGCUGUAAUGAUGUUUGUGGGGUUCCUUGGUUGUUAUGGAGCUAUUCAAGAAUCUCAGUGUCUCUUAGGAACGUUCUUCACAUGUUUAGUGAUCCUCUUCGCCUGUGAGGUGGCAGCAGGAAUAUGGGGCUUUAUUAACAGGGACACGAUCUCCACUGAGCUCAUUAACUUCUAUGAUGCUGCAUACAUUAAAGCUGUGGAUCCUGUGGAUACAACAUCCAGACAGGCAGCUUCCAAAGUUCUGGAGGUCUUCCAUGACUCACUGGAUUGCUGUGGUAAAGGGGAUGAAAAUCAACUUUUCACAGUUGUGCAGGCUUCUCUGUGUCCCAAAAAGACAUUCCCACUUGACCCGCUCAUCUCCCAGAGUUGCCACACAAAGCUAAGGGACCUAUUCACUGAGAAACUCCAUGUCAUUGGAUUGGCCGCCCUAGUGAUUGCUGUCAUUAUGGUUUUUGAGAUGAUCUUCACCAUGGUCCUCUGCUGUGCAAUCCGCAAUGCUCCUGCAUAUUGAGUUGCUGGAUGAUGACCAGCCUGAUCAACAAUGUUUGAUUUUGGUAGUGAUGGGCAGGAGGCCAUUUCACUUCUGCCUUUUCUCUCUUUUCAAGUUCAAGUGUCCACACACUGAACAUUGAUCCCUGUGUUUGUAGAGAGGACUUCCUAUGUGAAUACAUCAAAAUACAACACCAAGGGCUAUUAUAAAUAAACCAGUAACUGAUAUCAGGGAGGAGGAAAAUGUGAUUGACAGUAAUAUGGAUAACUUUGCUUUUAUGUUGUAUUGUUUUACUUUUAUUUAAUCAUUUUAUUAAAUUUGCUCUUAUGGUCUAUUGUUCAACUUUUAGUAGUAAAAGUGCUUCAACACACUCUACAAGUGUGUGUGCGUGCUUAUUUGUGAAGUAAAUCAUUGUUAUGUUUAUAGAGAGAUAAACAUUAACCUAUGAAUCCAUUAUGCAACAAGUCAAUUUGUGUCUUCUGAGAACGCAUAUCAUACAUUUACCAGCCCAUAAUGAUGAUGUCAUGAUAAUCGAAUGAUAACCCACAUGAAACAAAUCAAACUUUACCCAAUGAGCCUGUGGUAUUUUUAUUUUGUGGACAUACAGUUUAUUUCUAAUAAACCCUCUAAUUAAAAAAUG